GUGGUGCCGGGGAGAGCGGGAUGGCUUAUGCUGUUACAAAAAGCGCUAGGGAUGGCAAGGCAGGUUCACGGGAAGCCUUUGGAAGCCUUUCAGCCUGAUGGAGCUUUCAAACCAGCAGAUCUCUGAUGCUGCCGAGAUCCACAAUUACCCAGUUUGGAAGGGGAGUUGGGGUGCAGUGCCGGUGACUGAACGAGACCCGCAGGAAAGUCGGGAUAGAAAUUCGGGUUUUGAGCCCCUGCGGGUGUAUUGAUACUAUUUCAAUGUCGGGAAAAACACAAAACCCGGUUCCACGCGGUGCUUUAGUGGCUAAAAGUGAAAGAGCUGCCUUGGCAGAAUUGAGCUCUAUGAAUCACUUCGGAAAAUUGGUUCGACUGAAUGGCCUUAGGAGGAAAAACGUUUUAAUAGGAUCCAGGGGAGGUUCUGCUGUUUCAAUCUGCUCCUUAAACAGGUGGAGAUUGGACCUUCUCAAUUAUACAAACAGGGAGCGCGGGCGCCAGUUGCCUCCUUUUAAAGUUUGAGGGGCGGUGGCGGCGGCGGCCGGCAGGCGCGGGGGAACACAGGGGCCGCUACGGGAGCCGCGCCGCCGCCCAUGUCAUUCCACUUCAAGUGACUUCAUGUGAUGUCAGCUGAAUGUAAAAGACAGUGAUCUCACGCGGAGGGGAAGAUGUUUGCCAUCAAAAUGUGACAGAGGAGACACGCUGCAUGGCUCGGAACGCAUCUCCUUGGCGGUGGGGGAAAGAGACUUAGAGGAGAGAGGCUGCGCCCCGGCCCAGUCCGGCACGGCAAGGCUCGGCUCGGCGCGCCAUGGCCAGCUCGGCUUCCCUGGAGACCAUGGUGCCCCCGGCCUGCCCGCGCGCUGGAGCGUCGCCGGCCACUUCCAAGACGCUGGCCUUCUCCAUCGAGCGCAUCAUGGCUAAGACGUCGGAGCCCCGUGCGCCCUUUGAGCCCCGGCCGGGGACGCUGGAGGCAGACGGCGGCCAGGGCAAGAAAUUGCUCAACCUCUGCUCGCCGCUGCCCUGUAUGAUCCCCCUCCAGCCCCUAGGCUACGAGGUGCCGUCCAAGACGCUGCUCAGUUACUCGGAGCUCUGGAAAAGCAGCCUCCGGGCGGGCGGCGGCGGCGGCGGCGGUGGAGGAGGAGGAGGAGGAGGAGGAGGCGGCGGCGGCGGCGGCGGCGGCGGCGGUGGCGGGGGGGCCCCGGUGUGCGGCGCCAGCGGCUUGUGCAAAACCAACUGUGGCGUGUGCUGCAAGGCCGAUCUGGGCCUGGCGCCGUCUGCGCUGCCGGCGGGCAGGGUCAUCAAGCCGCAGGUCAUCAACCAGGCGGUGGGGCUGCCGGCCAGCGGCUCGCUCUACUACUUCAACUACCUGGACUCUGCCGCGUACCCGCCGUCUGAGCUCCUCGGAGGCCACCUCUUCCCAUCUGGCCUCCUCAAUGCACAGGCCCCCGCCGCCCUGGCUGCGCACCCCAAGCUCUUUUUGCUGGAGAACGCCAAGUUGGCCGGCCUGGCCGCGGACAAGUUCCCCCAUCCGGCCCCCUACGCGCAUAAGGAGCGCUUGCCCGCGCCGCUGGAGCAGGUGCUGAAGGAGAACUCGGCCCUGACUGCCGAGCGCGGCGGCGUCAAGGGCCACAGCAAGCUGCCCGGGGGCCCUGCGGACGGCAAGCCCAAAAACUUCACCUGCGAGGUGUGCGGCAAGGUGUUUAAUGCUCACUAUAACCUCACCCGCCACAUGCCGGUCCACACCGGAGCCAGACCGUUCGUGUGCAAAGUCUGCGGCAAAGGCUUCCGCCAGGCCAGCACGCUCUGCAGACACAAAAUUAUCCACACCCAGGAAAAGCCGCAUAAAUGCAACCAGUGCGGCAAAGCCUUCAACCGCAGCUCCACGCUCAACACGCACAUCCGCAUCCACGCGGGCUACAAGCCCUUCGUCUGCGAAUUUUGCGGCAAAGGCUUUCACCAAAAAGGCAACUACAAGAACCACAAGCUGACCCACAGCGGCGAGAAGCAGUACAAAUGCACCAUCUGCAACAAGGCCUUCCACCAGGUCUACAACCUGACCUUCCACAUGCACACCCACAACGACAAGAAGCCUUUCACGUGCGCCACUUGCGGCAAAGGGUUUUGCAGAAACUUUGACUUAAAGAAACACGUGCGCAAACUCCACGACAGCGUGGGGCCUGCAGCCCCCUCCACAAAGGACCUGACUCGGACAGUGCAGAGCUGAGAGCUGCUGCCUCGCCCUCCCUUCCAGCCCCAUCCAGCCCCAAAACAGAUCACAAGUAUAAACUUAUUUCUAAAAUUAAAAGAAAAUUAAAAAAAAAAAACUAUAGCAGAGAGGCUAAAAAUCUAUUUAUCGAAACCAGCAUAUUUUUUGGAAAGCUAAACGUUUCCUCGAUGACUGGCAGCAAACGCGUGGCUCCCACCUUUGUGCAUUCGGGAAACUUAUUUAAAAACCCAGUGCGCUGAAACGCAUUUUCUUCCAGGCCUCCGCUUCUGCUCGGGCGGCGGGUUUUCACCCCAGCCUAUCACGUGAACUCCCCGGAAGAGCGCGGCGCCCCCAGCCAUCUUUAUACAACCCUGUAAAUCCUCCUGUACAAGCGAACUCGGAAUAUAUACAUGUCUAACUCAA